AUGAUGACGGCGGCGGAGUUGGCGGCGUCCGGUUGGGCGGACAACGGGUCCCUGGGCUGGCCGCUGCAGGUCGUGCCGCGCGAUGUGCGCGACGACUUGGAUGUCCUCGCGAGCAUGGAGAAGCAGCAACGGGGUCUUCACGUGAAGACCACUCGCAGCGCCAUUCCGAUCCACGCGCCCGCGCAGCCCGCCACUCCGCGCACUCCGCGCACUCCCGUCGCGCCGACCCCGCGAGACUCAUUUCAGUCACCUCCGAUGCUACCCCGCCACCACAGCGGCCCGAUAGAGCCAUCCUCGCUACAGUCACCCAUUUACUGUCACACACCGCAGCAGCUGAAGCGGGACCCGUUAGAACGACACAUGUCAGACGAGCCAACAGCCUCCCCGCUCCCCGGCUCCGCCAACUCCCCCCGGACAAGCGCAUCGGGGGGUAUUUCCGGACUGCUCGCAGGGCUGUACGUCCGGGCUCCCGUUGCCGAGCCUGAUGCCGAAGCUCGGGGCAGGUCCGGGUCCCGCUCUCCGCUUCGGCUGCGCAUGUUCGACACAUCCCCAAAGCCGCGGAGACCCAUCGAGCGCGGGCGAUCGCUCUCCCCGUACAGAGGCCCGCGGAUGGGCGCGGAAGCCGACGGGGAACAGGGUAGCGGCGGGGGCGGGAGCGUGCGGGGAAGCAUGCGCGGAAGCGUGGGCGGAAGCGGGGUGUGGGAGGCGGCUGGCGCGGGAAGCUCGUCCGCAAGAGGCAGCCGCGCGGGUUCCGUUUCCCCGCUCCCCUCUCGCUCCCCCUUGCGCCGGUCGGUCUCCCCUCUGCGUGCUAGCGCUGGCGGGUUGAUAGACAUGCUAUCCGGCCCCGUCACCCCCUCCGCCACGCCCUCCCGCCGCUUCCAGGCGCAGCAGGAGCGCGAGUGGGAGGAGCGCCAGCAGCGGCGGGAGCAGGAGCAGGCGGAGGCGGGAGGGUUGCCGUUUGAGAGCAUCGUCGCGGGCGCGAGAGACAGGAGCGCGCGGCAACACGCGCGCAGCAGCAGCAGCAGCAGCGUUCUCUGCGGCGCGAACGGCGGCGGAUUGAGCGGCGUGGGAGGGGCAGCUGUGGCGGAUUCGGGCGAGAUUUCCGUAAUCUCCGGGGGUUUCGGCCAGGACCAGCAUACGCAGCAGGAACAGGGAGCAUCAGCGGCUCCGCGGGCAAGUCCGCAGGAAGCGGCGUGGAGUCCGCAGGUCGCGGACGCGAGCCCGUGGGGCGGGCGCAGAGCGACGCCCUCGGCGCCGUCCACCGCGGUGGAUCACUUGCCCUCGUUAGAAGCACUCUCGCGCUCGCCCCGGCGCGGUCACGAGACUUACAAUAACGGAGGCGAGGAGAACUAUAGCGAGGACGAGAGGAGGUACUACAAGGUUCCGGAUAUUACGGAGUACAGGAACCGGCGACGGCAGAGCGCGGGGAGUGCGGCGUCACCGGCGGGUAAAGUCACUCACGGGUAUUUCCGGGGCGGCGGGGUUGACGUGUCGUUUGCGGACUUUCUAUCUGCGCGCGCCAGUGCCGCUGCUGCUGCUGCUGCUGCUGCUGCUGGUGGUGACGCGAGUGCUGCUGCUGGUGCUGGUGUUGUUGCCGGUAGUGAUGGUGGUGGUGGUGGUGAUGGUUCCAAUACCGCGGCAGUUACUAGCGCGAAUGAGGCUGAUGCAGACGGGGAUGCACCUGGUAGUGGCGUGGCGGGAGAUCGGGUAACUGAGGCUGACGUGGCAACGGCGGAACGUGAGGUGGAUCCAGCUGGAGGGGAAGCGGGAAGAACGGGGGAGAGAGGUGAUGAAAGCCAUGACUAUUAUGAUUCAGAUGCUGCUGGGGAUGGUGUUGCGCCGUCAUUCGCGGCUGGAGCUGCGACGGCGGUUGCGGUGGGCGCAGCAGCGAUGGCGGCGGGAGAGACGGCGCGCGCGGAUGACGGGGACGCGCGGGAGAGUACGCGGAAGCGCGGGGGAGGGAUUGGCGGAAGCUCGCGGAAGCACCGGGCGCGAUGGGGAGUGGCGGGAGGGAGCGAUGGGGACGGGGAGGACGGCGCGGCUCAGGCGGAAGAGGGGAAGGCGGAGUCGAGGCGGAGUCUGCGCGCCCAGUGGAGUGCGCGGAGGUCAAGGCGCGGGGAAGGGGGAGCACGUGGCGGAGACGAGCGGGGGAAGAGGGCGGCAGGGGGGAGCACGCGGGAGGCACAGGGAACAGGGGAGGGUUCCGCCAAUAGGGGAGAUCAGGAUUUGGCGGGGGAGGAGGCGGAGGGGCGGAGAGGACGGGCAAACGAAGGGCAGGGGGAGAAUGACUGGGGGGCUGCGGAGGUUGGGGGCCAAGGGGAAUGGUCAGGGGGCGCGGAAGGGUAUGGGACUGGGGAUGAGGGGGAAGAGGGGGUUAGGGAAAGAGGAGGGGAGAUGGAAGGGUGGGCAGAGAGGGGGCCUUAUGAGGACGAGGAGGGAAAGGCACAUGGAGAGUGGGGAGAAAAUGACAGGGGUGAGGGUGGGUAUGGGGAUGAUGGGAAUGAUGGGGAUGAUGGGGAUGAUGAUGGGGAAGAUGGCAUGGCGGAGGGUGGGCAGGAUCUGGCGCGGUAUGGGCAUGGCAUGGCGCGAUGGCAGCAGCAUCAGGAGGCGGAGGGGCAUGAGGAGGCGGAGGGGCAUGAGGAGGCGGAGGGGCAUGAGGAGGCGGAGGGGCAUGAGGAGGCGGAGGGGCAUGAGGAGGCGGAGGGGCAUGAGGAGGCGGAGGGGCAUGAGGAGGCGGAGGGGCAUGAGGAGGCGGAGGGGCAUGAGGAGGCGGAGGGGCAUGAGGAGGCGGAGGGGCAUGAGGAGGCGGAGGGGCAUGAGGAGGCGGAGGGGCAUGAGGAGGCGGAGGGGCAUGAGGAGGCGGAGGGGCAUGAGGAGGCGGAGGGGCAUGAGGAGGCGGAGGGGCAUGAGGAGGCGGAGGGGCAUGAGGAGGCGGAGGGGCAUGAGGAGGCGGAGGGGCAUGAGGAGGCGGAGGGGCAUGAGGAGGCGGAGGGGCAUGAGGAGGCGGAGGGGCAUGAGGAGGCGGAGGGGCAUGAGGAGGCGGAGGGGCAUGAGGAGGCGGAGGGGCAUGAGGAGGCGGAGGGGCAUGAGGAGGCGGAGGGGCAUGAGGAGGCGGAGGGGCAUGAGGAGGCGGAGGGGCAUGAGGAGGCGGAGGGGCAUGAGGAGGCGGAGGGGCAUGAGGAGGCGGAGGGGCAUGAGGAGGCGGAGGGGCAUGAGGAGGCGGAAGCAAGUCCAACACGGGUGGUGUCAGGGAAGCGGAAGAGAGAGCAGGGAGAGGCGGAGGGGGAGGGGGAAGGUGAGAGCGAGAGGGGAAGGGGAAAGGGGGAGCCCGGAGAGGAGGGUGUGAGAGACGAGGGUGAGGACACAGGGCAUGGGUAUGCGUAUGGCGUGGGGCGGGGGGGGUAUGGUGGAACGGGGGAGUAUGGGGCGAGGGGGCAGUACGGAGCAAACGGGCAGUAUGGGGCGAGUGGGGAGGAUGACAUGGUGACCAUGGGCAUGUCUGCGGAAUGGGAUGGGGGCAUGGCUGCUGCAGCUGCAGCUCUCAUGGCCUCUGGAGGGGCAGCGCGGGACGGCACUCAAUCUAAUCACCAUGGUUACCGUGACCGCCGCCAGCUGGACACCCCACCCUCACAUGCUGACGUGGCAGCAGCAGCAGCGGCAGCUGAUACUGCAUCGGUCCACACGGCCUCUGCUGCUGCCAGUGCAGCUGCAUCUCCGUUACUAGCCUCCUCCCCCUCUCCAAGCAGCACAGCUGCAUUCUCCGACAUGUCUUCAACGAUGCCACCGGUGUUCCUCCCGCCUCCUGCUAUCCACCAUCCCACACCACCACUCCCAACCGCCACCCACCAAACAGAAGACUAUGAGUGUGAGGAGGACCCUCUACCACUCGCCUCCCUCCUCCGCGCUCACCACCCGCACCUGCUCCCCCCUGCUGCUGCUGCGCCCUCCGCCCCUGCUCCCCCUCGCCCCCUCAUGCAUGGACUCUGGCGCAGAAACCACUCCGCCCUCACCACUGCUGCCCUUUCUGCCGCAGCUGCCGCUGCUGCUGCUGAUGCGUUGUUGCCCGUCCCUCGCUCCGUACUUAGCCGCACCAUCCGCCCUGUCUUUGCCUCCACCUCUGCUCCUGAUCCUGCGCCCACCACCCCGCCUUUUCAUGCGCAUGAUAAUGCCCCAGCUGCUGCUUCAGGUGCUGGCAGCGAGGCAACGGACUCACUUGCUACCGUUGCCUUUGUAGCAGCUGCGAACGCUCCACUGCCACCGUUGAAAACCACAGCGGCUGACACCCUAACUUCAGAGAAAACCGAAAGUCUCACCGCUCUGGAGGCCCCUCACAAGCAAACCGCUGUAGAGUCGAGUGAAGAGCUAGAGCCUACCCCUGUGUCAUUGACAGCACAUACUGAGGGCUCUCAGAAUACCCCUGCAGCAUCUGUGGAGGCGGAUACAAGCACAGACGCUGCCACCACUCCACCACCUGCCUUCGUUACUGUCACACCACCGCAGCCCAGCGUAGCUUCGGUGCUCCCGAUCCUGGUCGCCUACGCCUCCCGACCCGGAGCCUUGGGCCGAGCCUCCAUGCUUUACCGCAUGCGCAGUGCAGGCGUCGCCGCCAUGCACGCUUCUUCGGCCAAUCACGACGCGGCAGCUGGCGAGGGGAUGGAGGCGGGGGCGGUGGCACAGGCGCUGGAACGCCUGGGGGAGUUUGGGGAAGGGGGAGGAGGGGGGGGAAUGGGCGGAGGGGGAGGGGGAAGGGGAAGGGGGUUGGGGGAAGCGGGGGAUAAUGAGAUGUGGGAAUAUAGCGAGGAGGAUGCGAAUGCAGCAGCAGCAGAGGCGUUAUCAGUGUUUGGGUUCCCGUUUUCUCUCGAGGGAUUUGCUCUGGGUGGUGGUGGGGAGGAGGAGGAAACGGUGGAGGGGGAAGGAACUACUGUAGUGAGAGGAGGAAGGGAUGCAGUUGGCUUGCCUGUGCUACAGCCGGGGGAGGUGUAUUCCAUCCGAGGCGAAUCUGCUGACAGUGCGAGUGUGACUGUAAACGGGGCUCAGUUCUCCUUCCACGCGGGCAGCGACGGCAGAGGUUCCAGCCAUGCUGACGUGGCACCGGACCCGGCUGACGAGGACGGGGAGCUGGAUGAGGUGGCAGUCGAGGCGAGUCUACGUCAGCUUGAGCUGGCGCUGGAGCAGGGGCUGUUACCGAAUGAGGUGGAGGCGUUGAGGAGAGAGCUGGAAGCACUGGUGGAGAGAGGGACACGGAGGGCAAGGAGGGGUGGGGGGGAGGAGAGAGAGGAGGCGGAGAGGAGAGAGCUGGAAGCAUUGGAGGAGAGAGGGACACGGCGGGCAAGGAGAGGCGCGGGGGAGGAUAGGGGAGGAGGCGAGAUGGGGGAUUGGAGCGAGGGGGAUGGGGUGGAAGUCGAGAGAGAGGGGAGUGGAGGUGAGAGGGAGGGGGAGGGGGGGAGUGAGGAGGGGGAGGGCGGCUUUGGAAUGGAGAUGGAGAGGGAUGUGACUCCUUACCAUGAGAUGGAAGGCGAUAGAGAGGGCAGGGCGGUAGAAAGGGAGAGAGAAGGGGAGGUGGAGGAGGGAGAAGGGGAGACGGAGAGGGAGGAGGUGAGAGCAGGCAGUGAGUUUGGUGGAUACGGUGGGGAUGAUGGGGAUGGUGCGAGAGGGGAGCAGAGUGUGAAGGAAACGGCUGGUGAGAUGGAUGAUGAGGGGGUUGAGAUGAGUGAGGAGGGCGAGGAGGUUGGGCAAGGGGAGGAGGUUGAGCAGGGAGAGGGCGCUGAGGAGGGGGAGGAAACUGGAGGCGAGGAGGUGGGGCGCGGUGAGGAGUGUAAGGAGGUUGGAGGCGAGAAGGCAGGCAGGGAGACAGAGGCAGAGAGGGAAGAGGCGUCACCUCACAAGCCUAUUGCGCCUGCCCAGCCCGUUCCCGCACUCGCCAAACCGCCUCUCCCGCCGUCCCUCUCUGCCCACGUGGAUGCGCUCUCUGCUGACCUGGACGCUGAGUCAGCAGCGGCUGUAGCGGCGGCUGCAGCAGCAGUGUCAGCGGAGGUAGAGGAGAUGGGCGGCGGCUGUAGCACCAGCUGUAGCACAGCCAGCAGCCCCAGCAGGCUAGGUCUGGGUCUCAUGGGGGUUAUGGCGUUUGAGUCGACUCAAAAGUCACCUCUACCCGGCGGCUGUAGCACCAGCUGUAGCACAGCCAGCAGCCCUAGCCGGCUAGGUCUGGGUCUCAUGGGGGGCAUGAGCAUGAGCAGCACGGGCAGUGGCGGGGGCGUGCUUGGAGGAGGAGGGAUGGGAAUGGGCAGCAGCCCUUUAAGUGUUACCGGUGGUGCCAUGAGCCCUGGUAGCGUUGCUGCUGGCGCAGGGGACAGGAGUGGCAGUGGUGGUGGGGGAGGAGCAGAAGGAGCAGGAGGGCAGGAGAGAGUGGUUGCAGGGGUAGCUGGGUCGCCUUCUCAUGCACAGGGGCACAGCGGCGGCGUGGGGGGAGGCGGAGGCGGAGGCGGAGGGGGAGGGGGAGGCGGAGGGGGAGGCGGAGGGGGAGGGGGAGGGGGAGGAGGAGGCGGGGGGGAGAAGGCGCUGUACACGGUGGGGCACUGGCUGAGGCAGGUGGACAUGGCGGAGGCGGAGGGGCGGGUGCACGUGGCAGUGCGCCUCUUUGAGCUGGCCGAGCGCUGCCACGCCCAGCCCGCCACUCUGCUCCGUGUCGCCUGCUCCCAGUUCAUGCGCCGCCACCGCCACUCCCUCUCCCUCUUAUCUGGUUAUGCUGCUGGUGGUGGUGCCGCUGCUGGUGGUGGUGCCGCUGCUGCUGGUGGUGUUACUGCUGGUGCUGGUGGUGCUGGUCCUUCUGGUGGUGGUGGGAGUGGAGGUUUUGGUGGUCUUGGUGGUGGGGUAUCACCACUGCUCUCUCCGGCAGCUUCACCACUUCACACCGCCUUUGACCGCCCAUCCUCAUCCCCUCCUCGCUCCCCCCUCCUGCUCCCCUCCGCCAACCCCUCAAUCUCCCCUCUCUCCUCCCCUCCUCGCUCCCCUUCCCCCCUACCUCCGCCCCCUUCCCUCUCCGCCUACCCCCUGCCCGCACCCCCGUCCCUCUCCCCCUUCCCCACGCCCCCGCCUCCCUCCCUCUCCGCGUUCCACUGGCGGCAGCAGCCCACAGCAGGGGGCAGCGAGCGGGGCACAGCAGGGGCAGGCGGGCAGGCAGGCGGAAACGCCUCUAGCCUCGCGUCUUCCCCCCCCCACUCGCCCCUCGCGGCCACUACCCCCGGCUCCUCCCCCCGCUCCUCCUUCUCUCUCUCCCCUGCUGAUGCCCUCCCGGCACUGCCUGAGUCCUUUGAGUCGUUUGGGCUGCGUAGGGGUGGUGUGGGCAGGCGGUUGGUGUUUGAGAGUGGGGGAGAAGGGAGGCGUGAGGAGGAGCGGGAGGGGGAGGUAGGUGUGUCUGCAGCUUCGAGUGGUGUAGGGAAUCGGUUGGAGUGUGAGGGUGCAGGGGAAGGGAGGCGAGCAGGUGCGAGGGGAGGGGAAGAGCAGAGGGGGGACGUAGGCGCUUUUGCAGCUGGUGCUGCGGGGGAUGGUAGCAGUGGUGGCGGUAGUUGUGAUGGUGGUGAUGAUGGGAGGAAGGAGGGAGAGGGUUUGAGUAUACAGGGCGAUGGAGCAAAGGAAGAGGAGUCGAGGGAGAAUGGAGAGGAUUGGAGGCGGGAGGAGGUACAGUUGAGGGAAGAUGGGGGAGUGGAGAAGGGUGAGGGGAGUAAUGGGAGCGGUGCAGAGAAUGCAGGUGUGGAGAUGUCUCGGAUGAGGGGAGGAGAAAGGAGGGAGGGUUGGGAGGAGCAGGAGAAUGGCUGGGAGCGUGCGGACCGGGUGCAGGCAUGGGCACAUGAGAACCUUCCCGGCCCGGCGCCAGAAGAAAACAGGAGCGGCAAGUCCCGAACCGGAGGCAACGGCUCGUUCUCAGGCUCGGAAGCAGGUUUGGAGUUUCUACAGGGUAGUGGUGGGAACAGUGGCAGUGGAAACAAGGGCAGUGGGAGGAGACACGGAACCUUGGGCGAUCAGGCAAGGUGGGGAGAGAGUGAGGCGGCGGGCAAUGAGGCUGCUGCUGCUGCUGCUGCUGCUGCUGCUGCUGCUGCUGCUGCUGCUGCUGCUGCUGCUGCUGCUGCUGCUGCUGCUGCUGCUGCUGCUGCUGCUGCUGCUGCUGCUGCUGCUGCUGCUGCUAGUGCCUCUGGCGCAGGUGUUAGUUCAAGUGGCUCUGUUGGUAGCGCAACUAGUGUUGGUGCUGGCGCUUUGGGUGGGGUUGAGGCAAGCAGAGUGCAAGACAGGCCGAAGGGGAGGAUCACAGAGGAGCGAGAGGAAGAGCUGGAGGUUCCAAUGAGGGGUGGUGAGAGCGAGGAGGAGAGAGUGGAAGUGGGAGAGAGAACAGCGGAGAAGGAGCAAAACGGAGAGCGAAAGAUAGAAGGAAGGGCGCGGGAAAUCGAAGGGGACAGAGAUGAACCCAUACCAGGUCAAGCCACAGCCGCAGCAGCGGCACCGGCAGCAGUAGCAGCAACACCAGCAGUAGCUGCACCACCAGCAGCAGAAGCUGCAGCAGCGGCAGGGAGAAGGGUGGCAGUGAGAGAGGGGAGUGUGCUGGCAAAGCUGAAGCGCGCCACUGCACAGCUGAGACAGCUCAGGGAGAACUACCUGGGGGAGGGCCACCCUGGGGAGGGCCAAGUGAAAGAGGAUCAACAGGGGAAGGCUGAACUGAGGGAGGGUGCAGGCGAGGGUGCUGCUGCAGCAGGAGCAGAAUCAGCACCUGCGCCAGCAGCACCACCACCACUUGCCAUGCCUGCGCGGCCUUCCCCCCAGUCGUCCAUCCCCCUCUCUGCUUCUGCCUCCGCUGCUGCUGCGUCUGCCGCGGCUCGCCUUGCUGCUCGCACCAGCAACGCCAGUGGCAGCAGCAGCAACGCCAACCCUCUGGAGGCAAGAACCUUUGGUGCAGGAGGAGCAGGGGCAGGAGUCACACUCCCAUCAGCAGGGAUAAUAAGGCCCUUGGCCCCUGCUGCUGCUGCUUCCCAGGGAGGAGGCACCUCACUGCCAGGCGCUACUGCACCUUCUCUUGGUGGCACAGAAACUCUGGCACGAAUCUCCAUCCCAGGCCUCACCGGGUCAGCACCAGGUCAAGGCUUGUACGGGACAGGGCCCGUUUCAAUGCCGGUCUCAGGACUGCAUUCAGGGCCGGUUUCACCAGGAGCGAACGCCCCUGCGUCUCCCUUUGCCCGCGCGUCCUCCUCCUUCUCCCUCGGCCGCAUCCCCUCCUCCGAGUCCCUUCGUACUGAUCCUACCUUUUCUGUUUACGUUCGGAGGUCCGGCUCGGCCCGAACCUCGGCCUCGGCUGCGGAGACCGAGCCUAGCGAAGGGAUGGUGGAGGGAGGGAUGGAUGGUGGGAUGGAGGGAGGGAUGGGAGGGGAGGUUGCUGGGGAUGGUGGGGAUGGGGGAGAGGCGGAUGCUGAGAGCAGGGAGAGGGGAGUUGGAGGAGGAAGUAUUAGCAGGGCGGAAGAGGAGGAAGGGAGGGGAGCAAACGAGUCUCGGUCCAGAGGGGAUGGUACGAGAGUUGGCUGUGUGAAGGGAGAGGAGGAGGAAGGGGAAGGGAGCAGAGUGCUUUCCGACCCUGACACUUCUCUUGCUGCCAGACCUACUCCCGUCCCUGCUGCCGAAGCUACUCCUGCUUCCCCUGGCAGUGCCACAGCUCAUACAACUGUUGGUGCGAGUGGUGCGAGUGGUGGUGGCGGUGGUGGUGGUGGUGGUGCGUGCAUUGGUGCGCGCAUUGGUGCUGGCAAGCCCCGCUCUCCCCCUCUCUCUUCCACCUCCACUCGCCCCGCCUCUCUCUCGAUCCCCUCUCGCGCCUCGAAGGCAGCGGCAACACAACAGCAGACUACAAAAUCAGCUACGGCUGCUGCAGGUGGAAGGGCAGGUACGGCUGCUGCGCCUGCACUGGGUGCUGCAACUGGAAGGGCAGUGAGCGCAGCAAAGCAGGCCCCUCGAUCUCCUCCCUUUGGCUCCUCCUCACCUCGCUCCACCUCACCUAAACCCUCCUCCACCGCUCCGCACUCCUCCCCUGUCAGGACACGGACGCCUCUCUCCCACGCUCCCCAUUCCCCUCCCACUCGCCCCCGAUCUCCUACUGCCUCCCGCUCUCCUCCCCUCUCUGCCCGCUCUCCUCCCCUCUCUGCUCGCUCUCCCCCCAUCUCUGCUCGCUCUCGCCCCCUCUCUCCUUGCUCUCGCCCCCGCUCUCCUCCCCUCUCUGCCCGCUCUCCUCCCCUCUCUGCCCGCUCUCCUCCCCUCUCUGCCCGCUCUCCUCCCCUCUCUGCCCGCUCUCCUCCCCUCUCUGCCUGCUCUCCUCCCCUCGCUGCUCGCACUCCCCCACAUCAGUCACAGCAGCAGCAGGGUCGCAGCAGACAUGCAGAUAGUGCGGCACCAGUCGCGGCACCUGACGUUUCUCCUGAAGUAACACCUGAAGGGGACCGUUUCUCUGUGAAACCUGGAGUCGGGAGAUUCACAGCUUCUGCUGCCACCCCUUCGGAGUCCUUCCUCAUCCUCCCCCCUGCCCUGAACCCCAAGGAUAUGCACACCCAUUUGCACUCCCAUAUGCAUGCACCUCACUCACCGCACACACCCCGCACACCACCUGCGCUCGGCUCUCCCCGUUCCUCCCACCCCCUCUCCCCUCGCACCCCGCUGCGAAACCUCUCACCCUCGUCCUCUCAUCGCUCUCCACCAAUGGGAUCGCGCCACGUGGAGUCGCGGUACAUGGCAUCGGCCAUGGCAGCAGCAGCGCCGCCCGCAUCGCCCGCCAUUGCCAUGGCCAUGGGCGGCAGUCCACGGGCGUACACCCACUCCCACACCCACUCCAUGCGCGGAGCGGGCGGCAUGGGCGGUAUGGGCGGCACAGGCAGCCCGUCUGACAGCACCCAGAGCUCUCUGCUGCUCCGAACCAGCGGCAGCUGCGGCAGCGGUGGCUUCGCCUUGCCUGCUGCUGCUGGCAGUGCUAGUGGUAGUGGUACAGGCAGUGGGGGUGGCGAGAGGAGGGGGAGGAGCAGGGAGCAGCAGAUGGCGGCGAUGGUGGAGAAGUGGCCUACGAGCCUGCGAGGCAGUGCUGCUGCUGCGGGUGUGGUGGGGAGAGUGGGGGAGACGCACAGGGGUGCAGGUGCCAGGGCGAGGCCUGCUUGGGGUAGUGGGGGUGGGGCGAAGCCGGCUUGGGGCAGUGGACCUGGAGCGAGGUGGUGA